AUGCUUCUGCUGAUGCUGCUGCCGGCCCUGCUCUGGUGGAGGGAGGGGGCUGAGGGCCAGAGGGAGCCCUGGAAAAAUUACAAGGAUUACCAACUGCAAGUGCAGAGGUUGGUUACAGUGCAGGAGGGUCUGUGUGUGCGGGUGCCCUGCUCCUUCUUCUACCCCCAGGACGGCUGGAAUGACUCUACUCCAGUUCAUGGCUACUGGUUCCAGGAAGGGGCUGAUGUAUUCAAGGAUGCUCCAGUGGCAACAAAUAACCCAGAUAGAAAAGUGCAGGAGGAGACCCAGGGCCGAUUCUACCUCUUCAGGGAUCCCUGGACCUACAACUGCUCCCUCGACAUCAGAGAUGCCAGGAAGAAGGACAACAGAAAAUACUUUUUUAAAGUGGAGAGGGGAAAUACUGUGAGAUAUUCUUACAUACGUAACCAGCUAUCUGUACCUGUGACAGCCCUGACCCACACACCUGACAUCCUCAUCCCGGGCACCCCGGAGUCUGGCUGCCCCAGGAACGUGACCUGCUCUGUGCCCUGGGCCUGUGAGCGGGACACGCCCCCCAUCUUCUCCUGGACACCAGCUGCCCUCACCUCCCUGGGUCCAAGGACCCACCUCUCCUCAGUGCUCACCCUCACCCCACAGCCCCAGGAACACGGCACCAACCUCACCUGUCAGGUGACGUUCCCUGCAGCUGGUGUGACCGUGGAAAGAACCAUCCAGCUAAAUGUCACCAAGAGGUCAGGGCUCAUGGCAGAGGUGGUUCUGGUGGCCAUCGGGGAAGUGGCUCUGAAGACCCUGCUCCUCCUCCUCUGCCUCAUCUUCCUCGUAAUGAAGUCCUGCAGGAGGAAGGUGAUGAGGCCCACAGGAGGCGUGGAGGAUGCAAACAGCAUCCAGGGUUAAUCCCUCAGCUCAUCUUGCUGCCAAUCUCCUCCCCAUCCUGAUCCUGGUCAUUCCUGGGACCUCAUCUCGUCCUCAAGUCUCUGAAUCCAUCACUCCUCCUCCCUCCAGCUCUCUCCUCAAAGCAGGCCUCCAGACUGUGUUUCCAGAGACUAUCAUCAUCCCCUUUCUGUGCAGUAUGAACAGCUAUGUGUCCUCUCCAUGGCCAGAAACCAAGCCGCAAACAGCACAGGCUGGAUUUGAAGGCCUGGCGUAGUCUGUCCCCUGCUGGACUCUCUCCCCACAGAUUCCUCCCUCUCCCUGCAUCUGGCAAUGUCUCCACCCCCAGCCAAGCCAAGGCUUUUGUGACUCUCAGAUUUUAUCCUUCUCCUGAAAUGUCCUUCCCUCCCCAUUCCUAUCUUCCCAAGUCCUCCUCAUCCCUCAAGCUCUGUCGUAACAGUCACUCAGUGUGUGUGUGUGUGUAUCAUUGUAUCCUUCUGAGCAGAGUAACAUUCAGUCAUUUAUUUAUAGACUCUUGAGAAAGUAUUAUGGAGGACCUACUAUGUGCCAGCAUUUUUGUAGGUGCCGAGGGUGCACUGGUGAACACAGCAUCCAAAAUCUCUGUCAUCAAGAAGCUGUCAUUCUGCAGAGAUUGGUUUGGUGGUUACCAGAGGGGGAGGUG